AUGACCACUUACUGCGGUGCUAGAGAAGGAACCCAAAGUAUUAGGAACAGUUCUAAUCAAUCAGAUAAUAAUAAUAAUGACGAUGAUGAUGAUGAUGAUGAUGAUGAUGAUGAUGAUGAUGAUGAUGAUGAUGAUGAUGAUGAUGAUGAUGAUGAUGAUGAUGAUGAUGAUGAUGAUGAUGAUGAUGAUGAUGAUGAUGAUGAUGAUGAUGAUGAUGAUGAUGAUGAUGAUGAUGAUGAUGAUGAUGAUGAUGAUGAUGAUGAUGAUGAUGAUGAUGAUGAUGAUGAUGAUGAUGAUGAUGAUGAUGAUGAUGAUGAUGAUGAUGAUGAUGAUGAUGAUGAUGAUGAUGAUGAUGAUGAUGAUGAUGAUGAUGAUGAUGAUGAUGAUGAUGAUGAUGAUGAUGAUGAUGAUGAUGAUGAUGAUGAUGAUGAUGAUGAUGAUGAUGAUGAUGAUGAUGAUGAUGAUGAUGAUGAUGAUGAUGAUGAUGAUGAUGAUGAUGAUGAUGAUGAUGAUGAUGAUGAUGAUGAUGAUGAUGAUGAUGAUGAUGAUGAUGAUGAUGAUGAUGAUGAUGAUGAUGAUGAUGAUGAUGAUGAUGAUGAUGAUGAUGAUGAUGAUGAUGAUGAUGAUCAAAUGACGCUGGUGUUAGUUUGUUUCUUUGAGAAAAUCAUCUAUUUAUAA